AUGUUACGUCAUCUUGUCCAACAUCUUGCUGAACUUAUUGUUCCGUAUCAAAUUUUGGAAAGGGUAGAAGUUGUUACUUAUCAGGUGGUCUUGCCACCUAAUCUUUCGAAUUUGCAUGAUAUAUUCUAUGUUUCACAACUUCAGAAAUACAUUUCAGAUCCACCUCAUGUGUUUUCGAUGGAUGACAUACAAGUUCGGGAUAACCUUACGGUCGAGACAUUAUCGGUGAGGAUCGAAGACAGUGAAAAGAAGCAGUUGAGAGGCAAAUAUAUUUCUCUCGUGAAGGUGGUUUGCGGAGGAGCUGUCGGAGAAAGUAUGACCUGGGAAUUAGAGAGCAAGAUGCGGAAAUCUUAUCCGCGAUUGUUCGAAUGA